AUUGAUUAAGGUAUGUAAAAUCCGGCAGUCACAGGUCGGAGCGCCACUAGUGUCAUGGCCUUUUCCUGUUCACGGUUACUCCAAAGAAGACGUGAACGAAAGUUAUAUGAUAAAUCAUGGCUGAAAUGGAAACAUACGAUGAUAUAGUGGUACCUACCACAACGACAUUACCAGUGGCCCUUUCUGCAGAACUACCUGAAAUUAAAUUAUUUGGUCGCUGGAAUUGUGAUGAUGUACAAGUAAAUGAUAUGUCUUUACAAGAUUAUAUUGCCGUUAAAGAGAAAAAUGCAAAAUAUUUACCACAUUCUGCUGGACGUUAUGCUGCAAAACGAUUUCGAAAAGCUCAAUGUCCUAUAGUCGAACGUUUGACAAAUUCUUUAAUGAUGCAUGGUAGAAAUAAUGGAAAAAAAUUAAUGGCAGUAAGAAUUGUAAAACAUGCCUUUGAAAUAAUUCACCUGCUUACAGGUGAUAAUCCUCUACAGGUUCUUGUGACUGCUAUCAUCAAUUCUGGACCUAGAGAAGAUUCUACGCGUAUUGGUCGCGCUGGUACAGUUAGGAGACAGGCGGUGGACGUUUCUCCAUUACGACGAGUAAAUCAGGCUAUUUGGUUGUUAUGUACAGGUGCUAGGGAAGCCGCGUUUCGUAAUAUUAAAACCAUCGCCGAAUGUUUAGCUGAUGAACUCAUUAAUGCUGCCAAAGGUUCGUCUAACUCUUACGCGAUUAAAAAGAAAGACGAACUCGAACGUGUUGCUAAAUCUAAUCGAUAAAUAUGUUCAUUCAUAUAAAAACAUAAAAAUAAAUGAUCUAUCUUUAAAACGAA